AGACGCUGUUUUCGGUGGCCAGUAGUUGUAAAGCAAUCACUGAAAAAACAGCAUUUGAGCUCUUUGAGGGUAUUAGUCACCUUACCUCAUCAAAUUAUGAUCACAACCAUCACGGACCAUCAACCUUUGAACGGGGGAUGCGUUGUGUUUUAAAUUUAUCCCACUUUAUCCCACGAUGCUCAUUAAUCCAACAUGGCUGCCUCAUUACGAUCAUUGUCAGUUGACGAAUCGUCAGCUCCGUCAAAGGAAUGGAAGAAAAACGUAUAUGCGUUUCAGGAUUUGCGUUCGGUGCCUGAUGAAAUUCGAGAAUAUUCAUCGUCGUUGAUAAACGAACAUACACCAAUACUAAUAGAUAACGGUAGUUAUCAAUGCCGUGCUGGAUGGUUGAGCGACGAGAAACCUUCGUUUAUGUUUCGAAACGUGAUUGCAAAAUCUCGUGGACGCAAGGAUGGCGACAUGGAGAUAUUGAUUGGAAAUGAGAUUUCAAAUAUUGAGCUUGUGAGAUGGUCGUUGAAGACGCAAUUCGAUCGUGAUGUUGUUACGCAUUAUGACGCUCAAGAACAAAUAUUUGAUCACAUAUUCAGUCGUCUUGGUAUUAAUACACAUGGAAGUGUUAACCAUCCUGUUGUCCUCAGCGAGUGUGUUUGCAAUCCCAACUAUUCACGACAAUUAAUGAACGAGCUUUUAUUCGAGUGCUAUCAAAUUCCACAAGUUGCAUUUGGAAUUGACAGUUUGUUCAGCUUAUACUACAACCAAUCUAACGAAGAGAGGAAGAAUGCUUUAGUCAUCUCAUCUGGUUAUCAAGUAUCUCACAUCUUGCCAGUUGUGAAUGGAAAACUGGACUCGAAAAGUUGCAAAAGAAUCAAUGUCGGAGGAAGUCAGGUUGUAGCAUACAUGCAGAAGUUGUUGCAGUUGAAAUAUCCGGGCCAUGCCGCUCAAAUCACGUUAUCGCGAGCCCAAGAAAUCGUGCACGAUCAUUCAUACAUCGCCCCAGACUACCAGGAAGAACUUUCUCGAUGGUUAAAUGACGAUUUCUCGGAUGCGAAUGAACGCGUAAUGCAACUUCCAUUCACACAACCAUCGAACGCACAGAAUGCAAACCCUAAAGACGAAGAGAAGGAGAGAUUGAGAAAGGAGAAGCAAGGUCGGAGACUUCAGGAAGUGAACUGCAAGAAACUACAAGAUAAGCUAGCCGAAGAGGAGACGUUACUCAAGAAGUUGUUUAAGAUUCGAAAACUUGAAAACAGUGAGACCAAAUUUAAGAAUGCUCUGACGAAAGAAGGCUUUUCAACUGUUGAGGAAUUUCAACUUGCGAUUGAGAACUUAUCAAAUGUAACGAAGAAACGCGGAGAGAAAGUAAAAAAAAUACAAGCUUCGAUACGAAAACUGGAAUCUAGUUCAAACGUAAAAGACAAAGCAAUGGAGGCGAAAGAGAAGAAACAGAAGGUUAUUUCACCUGAAGUAAAAGAGUGGUUGGCAAGUCUGCAUUCUCGUAGACAGAAAAUUCUCGACAAACGUCAGCGACGUCAACAACGAAAGGAUGACUUAAGCAAACGUCGAAGUGCAGCGUCCAUUGAGAGAAUGAGAAUAAUAUCGAAGCUGGCUCACGAUCCAAACAUUCGUGAAGACGGUUCCUUACGAGGCGGUCAUAAGAAACCGAAAGAUGAUACUUUCGGAAUGAAUGACGAUGAUUGGAUGGUCUAUAGACAUAUUAGUAAAGAUGCCGGCGACUCAGACAGCGAGAGAGAACAGGAAGAACUUGGAGAAAUUGAAAAUGUCUUGAAGAAACACGAUCCAGAUUUCCUCGCCGAGGAAGAUAAUUCUCAAGUUAUGGACGUUGAAAGUUACUAUCAGUUAACUGUGGGCAUUGAACGUUGCCGAGUGCCCGAGGUUUUGUUUCAACCUUCAAUGCUUGGUGUCGAACAAGCGGGUAUUGCUGAAGUUGUCGAGUUCAUCUUGAAGAAGUAUCCCCCAGCGAUUCAAAAUAAUUUGGUUCAGAACAUAUUUGUUACUGGAGGAAACGCGCAGUAUACGAAUUUCUGUACAAGAUUAGAAAAAGAGUUACUUGCUUUCCGUCCUUUUCAGUCCACGUUUAAAGUGAACAGAGCAAGCAAUUUUAGUCUUGACUCGUGGCUUGGCAUGAGGCAAUGGGCAAGGACUGUUUCGGAUCUAUCAAGCGUAUCAAUAACCAGGCAAGAUUACGAGGAGAAAGGAGGCGAAUACUUAAAAGAACAUCAACUUUCAAACCACUUUAUUCCAACGCCUUCCCUCGCUUCAUGAAAUGGUUGUGAACACCACCAUGUCGUGAUCUGAUACGAUCGUGGUAAGUUUUUGAUCGCGUUACAUGUAAAACACGACGUGUUACUUACAUGGUAACUACAUGGUACAUACAUGGUACCUAUAUGGUACCUACAUGGUAUCUGCAUGGCAACUGCAUGGUACCUGCAUGGUACACACAUGGUACCUAUAUGGUACCUACAUGGUACCUACAUUAUACCUACAUGGUACCUGCAUGAUACCUACAUGAUGCCUACAUGAUACCUGCAUGGAACCUACAGGGUGAUAAUUAUUGUUUUCCUUAGUGCGACAUGUGACGCAGGCUUGUUUACCGAGUUUGCUUUACUUAUGUGCCUUUAAAUAAUCGGUAAACAGGCUGGCACAUGAAACACUUUUGACAUUUGAGAGCAAAUGCAACUUCAGAACGGACAUUAUGAAAAACAUAAAAACGUUUAACGCAUUAGGUAUUUUUGUAGUCUCUUGUUAAAACGUAGAUCGUUGGAUUGCAAAAUAAACUUUGUGCAAGUAUAAACUAAA